CUUUCUUUCUUUUUUUUUUUUCUUUAUUUUCAAAAUGAAUGUAAAAUCGAAACGACUUAAUGAACGAACACCACUUUUAUUCGAUAAAGAAUCAAAUAUAUCAUCAUCUUCAUCAUGUAGAAUAAGAUCAUCAACGACUUGUACAAUGGCUUUAUUAUUAUCAACAUUUAUACCAUCUUUAGGUGGCUUCCUAUAUGGAUAUGAUCAAACAGUGAUGGAAACUAUUUUGUCAUUACCCAACUUCCAACAUCAUUAUUUUUCUAGCAAGCAUAUGAUUGGUGGAUUCAACCCAUUUGACUAUUUAACGAUUGGAUAUUACAGCAUGGCUAUUUUGGGAACACUCUAUAGUGGCUAUAUUUGUGAUCAAGUUGGACGAAAAAGAUCUUUGAUUGGAGCUUUCCUAUUAUUUGCAAUGGGUACACUACUGGAUGUCGGAUAUAGUCAUUCCUUGAUAUUUCUAUUGGGUCGAUUAUUUGUUGGUUUUGGUGUAGGAUUAUUGAUGGUGGCUGCUCCAUGUAUGAUUACUGAAAUAGCUCCAAAGAAUAUACGUGGCUGUUUAGUUGGUUUCUUUACUCUCUUGGUCAUGGCUGGACAAAUGGCUGGAUAUUAUAUAAUGCUUACACUGGGACCUAAUAUUGUGGCAUCUAUGGAUUCAUCAUCAUCGUCAUCAUCAUCAUCAUCAUCAUCAUCAUCAUCAUCAUCAUCAUCAUCAGUAUCAAGAUUUUCUUCCUGGACUUGCGAUUGGAGAGCACCAGUAGUACUAGAAACUUGUCUUUGUUUACUGGCUAUCUUGGUUCAAUGGCAAUUACCUGAUUCACCUCGAUGGCUAUGUUGGAUACAUCAACAUUACAAGGGCGAUAAUGGAAAAUCGGAUGCGGAUAAAGAAGGAUUACAAGCAAUUGCUUAUUUACAAGAACAAUCAACGGAUGAUAUGGAAGUACAACAAUUAUGGCAUGAAAUUAGUGAUGAUUACGAUGGACAACUCAAUAUCAACAUGGAAACAACAGCAAGCUAUUUCACAUUUAUAUCAUCAUUCUUCAACGCUCAUCAUCUUUAUGAAGAAGAAUAUUGUCAACAUCAGCAAAGAAAACGACGAUUUUUAUUGGCUUGUGGGAUCAUCCUAGCAAAUCGAAUGACCGGCGCUGAAACUUUGAUCAAAUAUUAUGCAUCCGCGAUUUUUUAUGCAUCAGGGUUGCAUGUCAACGAUACGCUCACUGCUCCUGGGUGCACUCAUUCACUGGCUCUUGCUGCUACGGCUAUCUCUUUAGGAUGGUGUGUGGAUCAUUUUGGGCGGAAAGGAUUUUUACUGACAGGAUCUCUGAUGCUUGCAAUAUGUCAACUAGGAUUGGGUGGUGUCUUCCAAUGGUUUAGUAAGAUAGAAUGGAAAACUGGCUCUGUGCUUUUGAUGAAUGCGCAUGCACGAACACUUGCUGUUGCAUGCGUCUACUUAUUUAUUGUCAUUUAUGCGUUUACUUGGGCGUCUUUGGUUUUGGUUACCACUUGUGAAUGGUUUUCUACGGUUGAUCGUGCAAAGGGUGUAGCUCUUGUGGCUUGUCUGUCUUGGCUGGUCCAAUGGAUUCAAUUGGUUGCUUAUCCUUGGUACUUUUUCCUCUCCCCAUCCCUGAUGUACUUUAUCUAUGGUGGCAGUAUGCUUAUGUCUUGUUAUUUUGUUUAUCAUUGGGUACCAAACACAACUGCAAAAUCAUUAGAAUCCAUCUCCCGAAUCAUUCUUUAGUCAUUUUGUUCUCCUUUUAUUAUUCUUCUGUUAUCCACUAUUUAUUAUUAUUAUUUUAAUUAUACCUCACACGGACUUUCUACAACAUUUUCAUGUUUAUACCCCCCUAUUUCUCUCUUCACUUUUACAUUUAAUAAAAUCUUCUUAAGUAUUAGUCUCUCCAAA